UGGAGCACCGUUGCUAUAGCAACACACAAACCCAUCAUGGCGUCCCUGUUGACAGACCCACUGUUUGAAAUCUCAGGACGGGGUCCUUCAACGAACAAAAACUUCUACAAUUGUGUUGUUACGAAGGAAGACGUGAUAUGGAGAUGGUGGAUGAUAUCUCCCAGAGCUGUAUACAGGCUUUCAAAGCCUGGUCAAAUGACCAUGUCUCAUGAGGACUUCCUGGAUGACAGCAAGCUACAAAACGAACUUGGAAUGAUCUUUGGCUAUGGCGCCUUGCAGUACACCAAGGCUCUAUGCCAAGGCCAUUUUGAUUACCUAGCACGUCUCCCCGACUCCUUACUUCUGCAGAUCGUCAACUAUUUGGAGCUCGAAGAUGUGGGCCGGCUUGGACGAACUUCGCAUAGGUUCAGGGAGCUUUGUGGCUCAGAGGAGUUCUGGGAGCAGGCUGUGCGACGGUGCUGCAAAACAGUUUCCCCCGAAGUACCCGCCCUGGCUCGAGAGGUGGGUUGGCGUAGCAUCUUCUUCACCAACAAGCUGCAGCUACAGAAGCUCAUCAGCCGCCGCAGGCUGAGGGCCGAAGAGGAAAAGGCCGAGCUUACUCCUGGGAAAAGGUCAGAGACGUCUUGUUCCGACCUAAAACCGGUCCCGGAGGUGGAACACACUAUGGAAGGAUGAAAGUGCAAAAAAAAAAAAGAAAUUGCUUCACCAUUCCAUAUUUAGCCCACUGUUGGACUGUAUUGAUUUGCCACUCAUAUAACUUAAAGUUGAAGCUAGAAGUUUACAUACACUGCAAAAAUACACACUUAAGUUUUUGUCUCAUGGUCUGAAGUCAAAUCAGACUGAACCUCUCUUGUUUGAGGUUAGCGAUGAUCACAAAUAUUAUUUGAGAGAGAAAACAGGAGAGGUUGAUUCCAAUGUGAUUUCAGACCAUGAAGCCAAAAAUGAAACGUGUGUUUUGCACAGUGUAUGUAAACGUCUGGUUUCAGCUGUACAUCGUUUACUUGAUUUCAGUGUUGACUUUCUUUGCCGUACUACAAUUCAAAUUUAUAUCAUUUGAUGAGCAGUUUGCAACAUUUGGUAUCUAGUAUGCCAUCUGAAUGUUAGCACCCAAAAAUAUACAUGAACUAAUACAUUCACAGGCCACAUUUGGGUUAGAUUAUUUUAUUAUAUGAGACACUAACUGGAUAAAAACAAAUAUGUAAUGAAUACACCCCCCCCAAAAAAAGAGCAUUUUUAUCUCUGUAAAGCCAGAAUACAUUCCAUGAAAUUGUACAGGUGCAAAGUCAGUCAACGAAAAGGAGUUUCAUAACUACUGUAAAUGAUCCAAUAGGCCUAAGAUGAAAUGAUGUAAUUUUUGCAAGAGAAUAAAUAAGAUAUAUUCCUCUGAGUAUUGUUAGAUCAUCUAUGUUGCUUGUGUUAUAACACAACCAUAUUGUCCACAUUGUUGCAAUUUGUUAGCCAGUCCAUAGGGUUUCCCAUUGUGUUUUUGCAUUAAGCUGGGGAACUUUAAAGUAAAGCGAUGUAGUUCUAACGAGACUAGAACGGCUGUUAUGGUAGUUCUAAACCUUUAAAUAACUUAAAUUUGAAAACAAAUGAUAACAACAAGCAGACGAGUAUACAAAAAAACUUACAUAUGUACAUAAUUUAUCCUCUGUAAAAAAAAAAAACACAAAAAAAAAAACAACUAAUAUUACUGCUGGUUCUCCGUGUUUGUCGUCUUCUGCGUUUCAUCAUCAAAAAUUGUUAUUCUGUCUUCUGCUGGCCAAAGACUGCAUAUUAGAAUUCAAUGGGACUCCAUUGACUUAAAGCAUGAAAUAAUGAUGCAUAGUUUAAUAUAUUGCAUUCUAUUUCAUGUUAAAACUGUAUGUUUUUGUAAAAUACAAUAUUAUAGAGUACUGUAAUCUUCGAUUUUAGUGCGUAUUACCAAGCAUGAGAUAAAACAAUUAGACCAGACCAAACUUACAAAAAAAAACAAAGUUUACAAAGGUUUACAUUGCUGCAAUUGCCUCAUGUUGAUAAACGAGCCACUUUGAGUUGCAUCAUGAUUUGAGUUCCAAGAAGACGCAGAACUACCUUGAGUGCUGAUGGGAUUAUGAGUCAAUGGGAGAAAGAAUCCUAUAGGGGGCGCAGUCAUUCAUCCAUUUCUGGAGUGAAGUGGUAGACUCAAGGUGGGAAGAUUUGGGUCAUGGGAAUCAGCUGUAUGGCUUUCACUGAAACAGAUCCCUUAUAUUUGGCAACUGGUACGAGUACCAAGUCAGCCUUUGGGGGCUUCGGCACUUUCAUGUGUGAUUUCACUUAUAGGUGAAUGUGAUGCGACCUGAGCAGCACUGUGGCACAGCAAACAUGUUUGCUCUUGCUGUACUUGCGGAGUUUCUCACAGUACAGACACAUGCAUGUUUGGUAGGACUAUAGAAUCAACAUCAGAAUCCUAUUUAUUGGCCAAGGAAUUUGUUUCUAGUAUUAGAGCCACUCCAGUACUACAAAAAAAAACAAAAAAAAAAACAUAUCAAAAUAUAGAUCUUAAAUGAAAAAACAUGGAUGUUGAUUAAGUUGAAAUUCUUCAAAUGUGUGUAACUCGUCUUGACCUGACUUUUGUGAUAUAAGCCGUCACACUGCUAAUUUAUUUUACUUUUUGACGGCAAAAAUUCGAGCUACCAACGCUGGACAUUGGCAGUGAACUUGACUCACUUCACAACAAGCAGCAGUCAGUGAACGUCCAUCCAUUUUCCGAGCCACUUAUCCUCACAAGGGUCGCGGGAGUGGUGGAGCCUAUCCCAGCUGACUUCGGGCAGGAGGCGGUGGUACAACCCUGGAGAUAGUGAACAAUUCUUCAGAAAAAGAGGCUUCAAGCAAUUUAUUGCUUCUCCCAUUUCAAACUACCAGUAAACAUGAAUAAAAUUCCACAGUGUAUUUAGAACAACCACAAUUCUUUACCUUGGUAAAGUCCUCUUAAUUUAAUGUUAAAAAACAUAAAAAAAUGGAGUGUCUUUUAAGGGGUGUUAUAACUCUAGAAACAACAUAUGCAGCAACACAUGUAGACAGACAAUAGAACAAUACUCACAGGCAUAUAGUCUUUAUUCUCUGUGGUAGAGGCAACUAUUAUUGCAGCGCACUGAGCAGCUGUGACAUAUUCUUUGUUUAUGACAGCAUGUUUGUAUUAUACUGCCUACGUUGUCCAAAGCACGCCCACCAGAAGACAGAGCACAAUGAAUUAAUAACAAUGCACAAGCUGUUUAAUGCUUUCUAUGCUAUUUCAUUUUCUUGUAUAAUUUCAGAAAGUAAAAUCCUCUAGAAUUCUU